AAUACUUUCUUUUUUACUAGUUUUCAUCUUUGGCUUGCACAGCAAGACAAAUCAAAAUCCAAUGCCCACCACCUUUGCUUAUACCCCAAAGCACCUAACCGUCGCAUUUAAUUCUAUUCCGAAACUCUACAAAGAGAAAAAGAGAGAGAAAAGAAAGAGAUUAAUCGCAUUUCUCUUGCCACUCGAAGAAGCUUUUAUGCUUCUUUGACAAGAAUAAUACAAUGAGAACCAAUGCGGCCUCACUCUCUAACUGACCUUAAUCAUGCUGUUGCUUCUACACAUGUUCUUAAGCUGAGUUCCCCAAGCUUUCAUUGUCGACAAGAAUCUUAGAAAAAUAAAUCACCAUAUAUAUAUAGCUUCCCUGCACAUAUUCAGCUGCAUUCAAUCCUGUCGGCCAUCUUGUGCUACGAAAUGGUGACUUCAGCUCCUGCUAAAAUACUCAUUGGCAUCCCAUUAGACCCAGAUGUCAGCAAGGAACUCUUGUCAUGGGCAAUCAGAGUUAUAGCUCAUCCAAAUGACGAUAUUGUUGCCCUACAUGUUCUUGGAUUUUUCCUUUUUUUCAGCUGCCAGUCCAAAUUAACUAUUUUCCUCUCAGUUGGUGAGGAGUCCAAGAAGCGUAAAUUGAUAACUAGAGAUCAAGCAAAGCUUCGCCAGGCAAAAGCUCAUGUUAUAUCUGUGCUUGGAGAAUUUGCUAGGACUUGCCAGUCUAAGCAGGUAAACUUGGAGGCCAGAGUAGGAUUUAGCUCUAGUGUUAGAAGGGGCCUAAUUGAGGAUGCAAAAUCCAUCUCAGCUGACUUUCUUCUUCUUCUUGGUUCCAGAAACCGUUCAAACAAAACUUCACACAAAGUUACAAGAUAUUGUUUCGAGCAUGCUCCGGAAGGCUGUACAGUGGUUUCAGUAGGGAAAUCUAGGCAGCCACAGCAAAACUCAAGCACAAAUUCUACUUCUUCACAUUUUGAUGCAGAAACUCGUCAAUGGAGCUCAAGUUGGUCUAACAGGAGUGAUCGCAGUGGCGAGGCUAUCUGCCCUGUUCAAAAUUCUAUUGUCUCCAAAAGGAAGCUGCAAAAGCCUUCACCAAGAACUGUUCUAAAAGCACUUGAAGGGGAAUCAAAUAGCACAGAAGAUGAAACCUCUAGCUUUGGGGACUCAACUAUCUCUGGGUCCCCUCCUCGGGCGCCAAAGUUUAAAAGGCAAUUCUGCAUAAUGAAACAGAUGUCACCAUACAAACUUAUCUCAUCAGUCUUUAGUUCCCCAUUAAGGAAAAGAAAGGCCAGUUUAUCCAACAAAGAAAAGGAGGAGCCUUUAAUCAAGUGCUUUAGCUACGAGGAGAUCUCAAACGCUACAAAUAACUUCCAUCCAGAUAAUAUAGUUGGUCGAGGUGGGUAUUCAGAAGUGUACAGAGGUGAUCUUUCUGAUGGAAGAGCCGUCGCAGUGAAAAGGUUGGCCAAGGCCAACAAGGAUGAAAACAAGGAGAAAGAAUUCCUCACGGAAUUGGGCAUAAUUGGACAUGUGUACCACCCCAAUACGGCAAAUUUAGUUGGCUGCUGCAUUGAAAAUGGACUCUAUUUGAUUUUCAACUUCUCUGAGAAUGGAACUUUGUCAUCUGCAUUGCAUGGUAAAACAAGUGCGUCACUCGAUUGGCCUGUGAGGUACAAGAUUGCCAUUGGAGUUGCUAGAGGUCUUCACUAUCUGCACAAAUGUUGCAAACACCGAAUAAUACACCGUGACAUAAAAGCCUCUAAUGUGCUUCUCGGACCAGAUUCUGAACCACAGAUCUCUGAUUUUGGUCUUGCAAAAUGGCUUCCUAACAAAUGGACUCACCAUGCUGUGAUCCCAAUAGAGGGAACAUUUGGGUACCUAGCACCAGAGUAUUUCAUGCAUGGAAUUGUGGAUGAGAAAACAGAUGUUUUUGCAUUUGGGAUUCUUCUCCUGGAGAUCAUUACUGGUCGCCGGCCUGUGGAUUCAUCAAAGCAAAACCUCCUCUUAUGGGCAAAGCCUCUUAUGGAAUCUGGGAACAUCACUGAACUAGCUGAUCCAAAACUGAAAGGUAAAUAUGAUGAGGAUCAAAUGCAUAGAUCAGUGUUAACAGCUUGCUAUUGCGUGAGGCAAUCCGCAGUAUGGCGUCCAUCAAUGAGUGAGGUCUUGGAGCUUCUAGUGACUGGCCAUGACUCUGAUGUUGCAAAGAGCUGGCGAAUGCCAAAGUUUACAUCUGAUGAGUUGGAUGAUUACUCAAUGGUUUUUGGAUAUGAGGUUCCAACAGAUAUUUCCCUGGAGGAAUUUUUAUGAGUAAUUCUUCUUCCACACAUCUAUUGCAGCUUCAGGUGGUAUGAAACAGGGGACGCUGACGGAGAGCACAUCAUAAUUAGAACUUUUCAUACUUUUAAAUACAUGCUAGGAGUCAGAAUAUAUUGUUUAUUAAGGCAUCCAUAUUCUGCAAUUUUAUUUAGAUCUUCUCAUUAGAGUGUUGUGCUUGGGGUAGAGAAAUUUUCAUCAAGUACAUAUAAAUGGGAUUCUGCAAGAAUCUCCACGACUGAGAUCGGCCUUUCCCUGAAUAUAUACAAAGCCGUACUAAUGUGAAAUAUCCUGAUCAAUUCAAGUUUGCCAUUUACAUUUUAA